UCAACUUGUUUUCCAUUACCAUAAAAUAUACAAUUGAGCAGGUUGAGCUCUUUGGUUCAAGGAAUAAUUUUGUGUGUCAUUCACGUACUAUAACAUUUUGAAAUCACUGUCUGCUAACAAUUUAAACAAGGUAGGCUAUGCCUAUUGACUAAUUAACAAUCAUUGGUAUUUUGAUUUCAGUAAAAUAGAGACCCUGAAUUGUAUGAAUCAUCAACUUCUGCUGGGUAAACUUGUAAACAACUUUUUUGUAUAGCAACAUGUUAAACUUCUAUAGAAAGCAAGCAUCUUUUUCUGUUGAGAAACUAAAAGAAUACACCGAAACAAGUGAUGUUUUGGAUUUUAAGGAAAAGCUGUACAAGGUGUUUCAAGAUGAUCCAAUUUUCCAAAAGCAGCUCCCAUCCAAAAGUUUAGAUGAGAUUAGAAAAGAAGCUGUAUUGCGGGGAAAUCGAAUCAUCGACUCUGGAAUCCUCCAGGAUCCUAAUAUUUUUGGUCAUCCUUUAGUGGGACCAGCUCUAUUGUUCACACUGGUCCAGUAUGAUCCAGCAGUCAUGUUCAAAAGCACAUUCUCUGCUGCAUUUUUUGGAAACAGUAUCAAAGGGCUUGGGACCUCAGACCACACAAAGUUUCUUGAUGAUGCAAUGAGUGGAAAGAUUAUCGGCUGUUUUGCCUUGACUGAAAUUGCACAUGGUAGCAAUGCAAAGAAUAUGCGAACUACUGCUACCUUUGAUAAAGAAACACAGGAGUUUGUACUUCACACUGAAGAUUUUGAAGCUGCUAAAUGUUGGGUAGGAAAUUUAGGUCAAAUGGCUACACACGCUACAGUUUUUGCGCAGUUGACCACUCCAGAUGGACAAAAUCAAGGUCUUCAUCCUUUUAUCGUUCCCGUGAGAGAUCCCGAUACACUUUUGCCCUACCCUGGUAUUACUAUUGGUGACAUGGGCGAAAAAAUAGGCUUCAACGGGAUUGAUAAUGGCUUCUGCAUGUUUCAUCACUAUCGGAUACCAAAGGAGAACCUUCUCAGCAGGAUCGGUUCAGUGAAAGAUGAUGGAGAAUAUAUCUCUCCCAUUAGUGACCCACGCAAGAGAUUUGCUGCAGCACUUGGCACUCUUAUUGGUGGAAGGAUUGGAGUAGUCACCCUUGCUACCGCCUACCACACAAAUGCACUUACAAUUGCCAUUCGUUACUCAGCCGUGAGGAAACAGUUUGGACCGGGGGAGGAGGAACUUUCUGUCAUUGAAUACCAGUUGCAGCAAUGGAGGUUGUUUCCCCAUCUGGCCUCACUUUUUGCUUUAAAAGCAUUAACCAGAUUUAUGAACGUCACAAGGUUUGACAUCUUCAAGAACAUUCAGGACCCUGCUGACAUGCUAAGCAAGGCAGAUGAGUUGAUGGAGAUGCAUGUGUUGUCAUCAGCAGCCAAGGCUGUGGCUAGCUGGACUGCGGCUGAGGCGAUCCAAGAUUGCAGAGAGGCCUGCGGGGGGCACGGCUACCUCAGGUGUGCAGGUAUUGGGGAGCUGCGAGACAACAAUGACAGCAACUGUACUUACGAAGGGGAGAACAACGUGUUACAACAACAGGCCAGCAACUGGCUGGUGUCUCUAUGGAGGAGGAGGGGUGGUGAGAGGGGUAACUUCCCCUCCCCUCUAGGUUCUGUCACAUUCAUGUAUGACAACAAUAGAGGGCAGAGACACAUGAGGGCCAACACAGUACAGGAGAUGUCUCAUCCUCCUGUGAUUAUGGAAGCUUAUAAAUGGCUUAUUUGUUGGCUAGCAGAGAAAACUCUUGAGACAAUAAAUUCACAAGUAAAAAAUGGUAAAGACUUGUUUACAGCCCGAAACAAUUCCCAAGUCUUCAAUGCCAAAGUGCUCUCCAUCGUGUACAUAGAGCAUUUCAUCAUCAAAUGUUUUUGGGAACAGUGCUGUGAAGCUCAAGAUAAAGCAGUAAAAGCAGUUUUGACCAAACUAUGUGCCUUGUAUGCACUCACCCGUAUAGAAAGGCACAUGGUUUAUUUAUAUCAAGGUGGCUUUAUUCAGAACAGUGAGCAGAGUCAGCUGAUUCAAUCAGCUAUUUUGGAACUUCUGGAUCAGUUAAAGCCUGAAGCUGUAGCUCUAGUGGACGCUAUCGCUCCUCCAGACUUUAUUCUGAACUCAGCACUUGGGCAUUCUAAUGGCGAGGUUUAUAAAAACCUACAACAGGCUUUCCUGCAAUAUCCAGGAAGUAUGCAGAGACCAAGCUGGUGGAGAGAACUUUCAGGAAGAUUCCGAUCACAUUUGUAACUGACAAAUGGUGGCCAACUAAGUUCUGAAUCAUUAAUUUUAUAACUGAAGCUAUAAAAACCAAUUUUUAUUUUAAA